ACCUCCUUCACGCAGCAUCUUCGCUCUUCAUCCUCCGCCUCCACCCUCCUCCUCCUCUUCUUUGCUUCCUUAGCAGCUUUGAUGGAUGACCAGAGUCCAGGAAUCAGCAAUCAUGCACGCCGGUCCAGCGCCAAGCCCCUCCCUCCACAUCCCUAAAUGACCAGGGGCUGAGGAGGGGGGGAAGGGGGGCAGACCAUGGCAUGCGCCCCGCCGUGGCCAUCCAGUACUGACCAUGGGACUGCGGUCCAGGACUGUCGCUAGUGGCUCAGAGGAGCACAAGAAGGAUUCUCUGGACCAGGGCGGCGGUGGCGUGGACAAGGAUGGCGGUCUGUUGCUGGUCUCGGCCGCUCGGGAGGACUUCAAGCGGGCCUCGCAGGGCACGGCCAUCGGGCUCCUGGCCAAGACCCCCCUGAACUACAGCCGGCCCGCCAAGAGGAAUAACAUCCGCAAGAGGAGGAUCCAGAACCUGAUCUACGACGCCUUGGAGAGACCGCGAGGAUGGGCGCUGCUUUAUCACGCCUUCGUGUUCCUGAUCGUUCUGGGAUGUUUGAUUCUGGCAGUGCUGACCACCUUCCGAGAACACGAGAAGACAUCUGCUCAUUGGCUGGUGGUCCUGGAAACCUUUGCCAUCUUCAUCUUCGGGGCAGAGUUUGCGUUGCGCAUCUGGGCGGCGGGCUGCUGCUGUCGCUACAAAGGAUGGCGAGGGAGGCUAAAGUUUGCCCGCAAGCCGCUGUGCAUGCUGGACAUCUUUGUGUUGAUGGCGUCGGUGCCGGUGGUGGCGGUGCGUAACCAAGGCAACGUGCUGGCCACGUCCCUGCGCAGCCUGCGCUUCCUGCAGAUCUUGCGCAUGCUACGUAUGGACCGCCGAGGAGGAACAUGGAAGCUGCUGGGCUCUGCCAUCUACGCUCACAGUAAAGAGCUGAUCACAGCCUGGUACAUUGGCUUCCUGUCACUCAUCCUGGCGUCCUUCCUGGUCUACCUGGUGGAGAAGGACGACGUGUCGGUGGACAUGUCCAACCAAGACGACCCCACGGCUCAGCCCAGCGCUCAGGACUUUGACACCUACGCUGACGCCCUGUGGUGGGGGCUGAUCACACUGACCACCAUCGGCUACGGGGACAAGACACCAAAGACUUGGGCGGGUAGACUUUUAGCCGGGACCUUCGCUCUGAUCGGCGUGUCGUUCUUCGCGCUCCCUGCAGGCAUUCUGGGUUCAGGUCUGGCUCUGAAGGUCCAGGAGCAGCACAGACAGAAGCACUUUGAGAAACGCAGACAUCCUGCUGCCGGACUCAUCCAAUCGGCGUGGCGCUACUACUCCACCAAUCCAAUCAGGGAAGACCUCAUUGCCACGUGGAGGUUUUAUGAAACCGUUAUUUCGCUUCCGUGCUUCAGGCGAGAGCACCUGGAGGUCAUAGCCAGCCAGAAAAUGACGCUGCUGGAGCGCGUUCGCCUUCCCAACGCCCGGCCGACAAUGGCCGCCGUGGCGGUGGCGGCGAGCAGGAAGCUGGCGGCCAACACGGAGUCCGUGGAGGACAGUCCUUCCAAGGAACCCAAACCAGCCGGCUUCAGCAACCGCGAACGUUUCCGCACCGCCUUCCGCAUGAAGACGACCACGCUGCGACAGAGCUCUGAAGAUGCAGCAGCGCUCCCGGAACCUGUCCCAGAGGAACGAGGCUUCCCGGCCGACAUCUUGCUGGAGGAGAUGAUUCCCACACUCAAGAUGGUCAUCAGGGCCGUGAGGAUCAUGCAGUUCUUGUUGAACAAGAAGCGUUUCAAGGAGACGUUGAGGCCGUACGAUGUGAAGGAUGUGAUCGAGCAGUACUCUGCAGGUCACCUGGACAUGCUGUGCAGGAUCAAGUACCUGCAGACCAGGAUUGACGUGAUUCUGGCCCCUGGACCUCUCCUGACCCCCAAACAGAAGAAACCUUCUAAACCGCCCUUUAAUAACCCCCUCAACCAGUCCCCCAGUGUUGCCUACUUCUCUAAGAAUGUGUCCAUGGCUGACGCUGAGGACCAGAGCAUGAUGGGGAGAUUCGUCAGGGUGGAGAGACAGGUUGAAGACAUGGAGAAGAAGUUGGACUUCCUGGUGGACAUGCACAUCCAGCACAGUGAGCACCUACAGGUGGACUCUGCCGGCGCCGCCCACAUGACCCUGGAAGCCCCGCCCACAGGGGCCGGGGACAUUCGCGGGGUCUUCCUCAACUACGCUGAGGCCUUCCCUCACAUGUCCUACCAGGGGCCGCUUGGCAAGGUGGGCUCCUACUACGGGAGAGGAGGCGAGGAGGGGGCGCGGUCAGGCCGCACCUCUCACAUCCAAGCGCGUCCACCGCCGCCCUCUGUGCCCACUUACGCCGAGCGUCCCACCGUCUUGCCCAUCAGCUCGUUGCAGAACAUGCCGGGCAGGACCAUGAGGGGGGCCGGGGGCGACUCGCCGCUGUCGAUGUUGUCGGUGAAUCACGAGGAGCUCGAGCGCUCGCCAAGCGGCUUCAGCAUCUCUGGCGAGCGGGGGGGCGAGGACGUGGAGGGGGCGGGGGCGGGGGGCUCCGUGACAGCCAGGGCGGCCACGGAGGAGGGCGGCCGGACCCGACCCAGACCCGCCUACCUAGCGGAGGGUGAGACGGACUCAGACACGGACCCCUUCACGCCCAGCGGGGGUCCGUUACCGCUCUCUGCCACGGGGGAGGGGCUCGGCGACGCCGUGUGGAGCACGCCGCCCUGAGCCGGCCCCCGUCUCAACUUGACCUUUAAUCCAAGUCACGCCUCCAAGCCACGCCUCCACACUUGAAGCACUCAGAGAAGGUUGUCAGUGAUGUCAACACGGCCGUGUGCUAAGACGGCGUGGCCGCCAAGUGCAUGUGACGCAUGACUAGCGUAGCCGCCGCCCCUGCUACAUCGUUUUCUACAUCCACCUUUCUUUUGCAUGAAGCGCAUGACGCCAUCUACUGGCCAACCACAACUCACUGAUGCGUGUGUCUUUCGGAAAAGUGGGCGGUGCUUCAUUGUCAGAGUGCGGGAUGAUUGAAAGCAUCACAACAUCAUCGACGUGCCAAAAAUAUUUUUUGGUUGUCCUUAACGACCCGACACCUCCGAUUGGUCCUGGCGGAGCGUCGCCGUGACGACAAGCCAUCUACGUUUGUAGCAGCGGCCUGUUAACCCGUCAAUCAAACAAUGGCGAGAUUUUGUCAAGAUUUUGUAACAAAACUUAUUUUCUAAGACGACGUUUGUACAACAAAUUCUACUCCUAACACAAAAUGACCGUUCACCUUUCCCAAGACAGGACGUGAGAGGCGGGCCCUCACUCGGUAGCCUUCAUACUAAUAACGAUAAUCAUCUUUUUAGCAGCUUAAUAAAGUAGAAAUGCAUCAAUACUUUAGAUUAGCACACUUCUUGUGGUCAUGUGUGGGUCACAUGACACCUCAGGCUUUCACUGAUUGACACUGGCCACUUGAUUAGGCACACCGGUUAAACCGUUUUACAAUGAUUAGAAUCAACAGCUGGCGUCCCUAAUGAAGAGACCGCUAAUUGACAGAGAGAGCAAGUAAGCUCGCUCCCAGCAUGCAUCAUGUUUACUCCUUUUUAAAAAAAAAAAAAAAAACAUUUCUAGUACAAAGUAGAACUUCCGUUUUCUAGAGUCACUUUGCGUUGUCACGACGACAUGUAUGGACGCGUAUAGUGAGGUCCUAUUUAACGUGUAAUCCAGUAUUUACAAUGGCAGAGGCUCUAAAGGCGAGCCCUGCGGAACACCUGCACUUUUUCCAUGAAGGGAUCCCAAGGGGAGUGUUUUGUUUGUUAGCAUGCUGCAAGCUAACGCGCUACUGACUUCAUCGCGUCCGUCCGUCUUCAUCGUCGUCAUCACGCCUGACUUGCUUUUCACAUUCAAGUGGACCUUCGGAACCAAAAUGUUGACAGUGACGUGUGGUCAGGUUCAUGCUUGCUGAGGCACUGACUUAUUGUGUUCCAAUACAGCUUGUUCAGUAAGAAGAUAGCAAGAUAAAAAGGAAGGAAAUUAUGUUUGGAAUUUUUUUUCAUUUUUUAUUCUUAACUGAAAUAAUUAUGGUAUAAAACUAAAAACCAUUGGUGGUCUUAACUUCAUUUGUAUAUGAUGUCAAUGCACUUUUGUUUUUCUAGGAAGUUGCCUUAUUUUCUUAUCGGCAGAUGGCAGCGACAAGCCCCUGCUAGCUCACUGACGCCCCCUCAAGGUGAACCAGCGCAGUGUUAGAGACUCACAAUUCAAAUCUAUUUUGAUUCUCGGGGUAACAAUUCGAUUCAGAAUUCCAUCCAUUCAUUUUCCAACGCUUUAUAAGAUCAUCUUAUCACUAAACUACACCAAAUUGAUGGUAAUUCACCUUAUUGUUCUCUUUUUUUUUUUUUUAUACAAGUAAGAAUCGAUAAAGAAUCGAAUUGUUAAGCAGAAUCGGAACCUGGAAACGUCUUAAUUAGUAUCCCUGCUGGCAAGCCAUGAUUUUUUUGUUAUAUUAUAAAUCAUACCACAACCCUUUCAGAACAGGUUACUAGAAACUAUGUAAACGACGACAUAGGAACCAUCCAUCCAUCCAUUUUCUACCGCUUGUCCCUUUUGGGGUCGCGGGAGGUGCUGGAGUCUAUCUCAGCUGCAUUCGGGCGGAAGACAGGGUACACCCUGGACCAGUCGCCACCUCAUCACAGGGCCAACACAGAUAGACAGACAACAUUCACACUCACAUUCACACACUAAAAUUGAUUCUCGAUUCAAACCAAUGCUUGCAAUUAUGGAUGGCAAUGGAGAAAGUUUUCUUGUUCAGAGCCAGAACCUAGUCUAUCAAUUCCUUCAUACCACUUCCCAUUUUUUAUUUUUUUAUUUUAGUUUAUUAAACCUUUAUUUAUAAUAUGCAACAUUUACAAACAAUUAAGAAAUAAUAAUAAUAAUCAAAACAAGUACCAAAACAGCGGCAGGGGGUUGUAAACUCAAUACAGUAACUAAAAUAGAAUGCAAUAUAUAUAUAUAUAUAUAUAUAUAUGUAACAAAGUGUAAAGCCAUAGGCUCACACAAGUUCCGUAAAUAAUUACAAUUUGUAACACAGCAUCAUCCUUUUCACAGCUUUUUGGUUGUUAGAGGUGGAAAGUGUUUUAAAGUAGAGUUCGCUUUCCAUUUUUUUUUUAAAAACAAUUCGUGCGGGCGGCAGUGACGUCAGACAGCAACAUGGCGCCCAUGGCGGCGGAAACGCUCCAACAUUUUACAAGAAGAAAUUGCAACAUUGCGACAUGUAAAAAUUUCAA